AUGCCACGCAAUUAUUCUAGAAAAACAGACCGACAGGAUUGGGAUAAAACCUCCAUGGAAAAGGCUAUUGAAGCUGUAAAGAAUAAUGAGCCCAUAUUGGCUUCUAAAGUGUUUAACGUCCCACAAUCGACUCUUAGAAGACAUGCACUGAAACAAAAUAAAGUCUUAGCGGAUUUAAACACGUACCUUUGUUUUAGAAAAAAUAUGAAACAGGAGUUGAUAGACGAAGCUCCUAUCGGUACUAUGGGUAUUGCGCAGGAAUCAGGUUGGAUGACAACAGCUGUAUUUUAUAAAUGGUUGGUGCACUUUCAGUUGCAUGUAAAAGCGAGUCUUGAUAACAAAGUGUUUUUAAUAGUUGAUGGACAUAUCAGUCAUAAAGGCGCAAUACUCAACAAAGCUUAUGGCAAAGCAGCAACGGUUCAAACUGCCGUCAAUGGAUUUCAAAAAACUGGUCUCUGGCCUGUUGAUCCAUACAUAUUUCCAGAUUAUUUGUUUGAGCCUGCUGAGACGACAAACAUUCACAUGCAACAAGAUUGGGUAGAGCCCGAAGAAGAUUCAACGGCAGCAGAAAACCUAUGCAUACCCUCAGCGGGUCCAUCUCAGGUAGAAGCAAGGAGUUCGACAUCACUAAUAAUUGCAAGCACAUCAGCCGCAGACAACCCACGUCCACUCUCAGUAGUCCAAUCUAGAGACAAAGCUACUGCAAUACCUACGACACCCACAUCAUCUAAAUUGAUACUCCAAGAACUAUCUCCAGCGCCAAAAGGAAUUAAUGUGGCUGGACAAGUUGGAAAUACGUUCAGAAACACGAAAAAGUUAAAAACAAAUCGGGAAUGUAAUAUUGACAGUGCAUAUAAUAGUAGCAAGUGUUAA